AUGGAAAAAGCGUCAAUUGAAACACAGAACCCGCUCCGACAAAAUGCCCCAAGCCCUCUAUACGCCGACACAUACAAAGAAGUCGCAGCGUCACCCCGUCCAAACAUUGAACACAGCAUGAACGAGGAUAGCACCCUGGAAGUCAAUGACCGGGACUGCACACUAGAGUUCAGCGACCGAGACUACAACCUGGAACUCAAUCAAUAUGCAGACGACAGACACACCGAGAAGCAGGUCGAGGCUGGAGUCGGAGCUGCAGACGAAAACCAGGCCGAUACGAGUGGGCGCCAGUCCACAGCAGACGGAAAACAAGAUCCGGAGUCGCAAUCUGUGACAGGGACGGUCAGGCGUCAUACGUCUCGUCGGCGGGAGUGGAUUAUCGCUGGUUCGGUUUUUGGGGUUGUCGUUCUUCUUGUUGUUAUUAUUGUUCCUUCUGUGAUAUUUGGGACUCGUCAUUAUAGGCCGCAGUAUGAGCCGCCUACGAGUCCGUAUAUUCUAUGA